UUCCCAGCAGACCUUGCGCACGGGAAGAUGGCGGCUUCCAGGUGGAGGUCUUAAGGAGACCAAAUCGGUAUGGCAUUGGCGUCGGGGCCCACAAGGCGGGUGCUGACUCGCCCCGGACGGCUCGGUCUUGGGGUCUAUGGGGUCCCAAAACGUGGGGCGUACGAGUGGGGCGUCCGGUCUACGCGGAAGCCCGAGCCUCCUCCCCCGGAUAGGGUGUACGAAAUCCCUGGAUUGGAGCCCAUCACCUACUUGGGGAAGAUGCACUUCGUGCCCUGGCUGGCUCGGCCGAUCUUCCCGCCCUGGGAUCCUGGCUGUACGCAUCCAAAGUUCCGCCGCGUUCCUCCGAUUCACGAACAUCCUCUGUACAAGGACCAGGUCUGCCACACCUUCCACCAGCGUUGCAGCCUCCUCGAGGGUGUAAAGCAGGCCCUCUGGCUUACCAAAGCCAAGUUAAUAGAAGGCCUUCCCAAGAAAGUGCUUAGCCUCCUUGACGACCCAAGGAACCACAUAGACAACCAAGAUGAACGUGUUCUGAAUGUGAUCUCUCACGCCCGUCUUUGGCACUGCACUGGAGACAUCCCCAAGAGAGAGACCUACUGCCCAGUCAUCGUGGACAGUCUGAUACAGCUAUGUAAGUCCCAGAUUUCAAAACAUCCUUCUCUGGCCAGGCGGAUCUGUGCCAAAAACUACAGGUUAUCCACCACCUGGAACCGAGAAGCUCUUCUCCUGCAGGUCCAUGGUUCCGGCGGAGCCCGACUGAAUGCCAGGGACCCUCUGCCCGCCAUCGCCUCCAGAGAGGAAGUUGAAGCUACUCAGAACCAUGUUCUUGAGACCUUCUAUCCCAUAUCUCCCACUAUUGGUCUCCAGGAGUGCAAUGUCUACGAUGAAAAAGACGACACGGGAUUCCAGGAGGGUUAUCCAUACCCCUAUGCGCACACCCUGUUUUUGCUGGAGGCAGCCAAUAUCCGACCUUACCGCUUUCCGCCAGAGCAGCUGAGGGCCAAGAUGAUCCUGUUUGCCUUCGGCAGUGCCCUGGCUCAGGCCCGGCUCCUCUACGGGCGUGACGCCAAGGUGCUGGAGCAGCCAGUAGUUGUGCAGUGUGUGGGCACCGAUGGGCGUGUCUUCCAGUUCCUGGUGUUACAGCUGAACACCACAGAUCUGGCCUCCAACGAGGGCGUCAAGAAUCUGGUGUGGGUGGACUCAGACCAGCUCCUCUACCAGCACUUUUGGUGUCUCCCAGUGAUCAAAAAGAAGGUGGUUGUGACGGGAGCCCCUCCCACAGCAUGUCACUGCUGCACCCCGGUGCCCACCCAACGAGUGCAGGCCUGCUUCCUGUGCAAGGGCAGUGGCAGCAUCAAAAUCCAUUCGGAAAUUGUGUUGUAGGACUUUGAGGAGACAUAACGCAGGGUUGGGGGAUGGGAGAGACAGUAGGGGCGCUGCUGGACCCAACCACCGCUGACCCACGUCCCACACUGAGCCUCAGCGGAUUUGCUAAAUGAACAUUAUCAGCACGUCAGUUGCGGAAUUAGUUCUCCAGCAUCUAUCAGUGUUGUUUCUACCUUUGAAAUGCCUCCCAGGCCUGGGCCCUUCUCUUUGCCCCACACACCGUGUCCCCCUGCCCAGCCACGCUGGCCACCUCCACGGGCCUCUGCUCUGAGUCACGCUCUCCCUUCCCCCUGACACGUCUGUCCUCUUCCUCCAACCUCUUCCUUCCAGAACACUUGCGCCAGGCUGUCCUGGUUUGGUCAGUGGCUCCUCUCCUCUCCAGUUCAGCUCCUGGCCCCUGCCCCCCCCACCGGUGUCAGUCUUCUUGCCCCUCCUGCCUUCAUAUGUGCCUCUGUAACAGGCUCCCUGCUGGUCUCUGAAGUCUCCUUCCUUUUCUUUCUCUUUCUGCCCCAUUCUACUUGCCCUUUAAAACUCAUUAAAAAAAAAAAGAUUCAUACACGGUUGUUUCCGUGUAUUGUUUCCAUGUAUCAAAGGCAGUGAGUUAGUCAUUUUCUCCCAUUUUUCUUAGCAUCUUUUUCCUAGUUCUGUUACAAGGCCUGUCACCUUUUACUAUCGUCAUUUGAACACCUGGCUGUACGCUCCUUAAGGGCAGGAGCCAGAUUCAGUCACCGGGGCUUCCCAGCCCUGGGUGCAGGCCCAGUACAGAGAGGGUGCCGGGUAAGAGUAUGAGGAAGGAGUGAGGACUUACAGUCCCUGGGGGUGAAAAG